UCUUGGUAUUUAGUGGGUUUUACCUUACCUGCGCGAUUUUAGUCUUCUUAAAAUUGGCACAACAGAAAAAGCAGCUAACAUUUCUAAUUUAUAGUUAUGUCACUGUGGAUAUACGUCGUUGAUGCAACUUUCACAAUGACCUUUUUUUACUUCAUCUAGCGGAAGGUUCACCCUACAAUUAUGGAGUUUUGAAAAGAAAAGUGAGAAUCUUGGGGGGAAGGGAGGCCUUUCCCCUCAGGUUUGGUGGUUGGACAGCUGGAUGAGAAGGUCAGAGAGUUGGUGAAAUUGUUGCCUUUUUGUAAAUGAUUAGAUGAAAAACUAUUUUUGCAAAUAUUUAAAUGUAAAAAUUUGUAUGAAAACAGAUUUUGUAUUUAUUUACUUUGAUGCCAUUAAAUGCUGCAAGCAGCUUAGUUUGUGUUAGAUUCUUGGUCAAAAUGGACUGAAGAAAUCAUACAAAGGCUGUGGGGUUGCUAGGGUGCGGUGGAACCUCAACACAAGCACAAUUCUAGCACUCCAUACUUGACUAUUUGAUCCUUUUUUUUUCUCCCUGUGGUGAUAAUUUUUUACACCACACAAUUUAGUGACAGUGUUAUUGGUUUGUUACCACAUCACAAAUUUCUUUUCAGUUUUUAAUUGUGGGUGGUGGGCUUUCAGAAGAACUUUGUAGACUUUGUAGUGGAGGUCAGGAUGAGUCUGGCACAGCCAGAAUGUGCCCCAAAAUGCCGGUCACAGCAGCACGCGGACCAGGUGAUAGCAGCCUUAACUGGAGGAUCUGAGGGGCAACUCCGGGCGUUCCUGACUUCACACUGCCACAAUGCAACCACUUUGCGAGAUGCCUUUGGUCGCACGGCCCUUCACAUGGCAGCCUCGCUGGGGAAGAAGGCCCUGCUGGAGUGGCUGCUGGAGAGUAAAAGUGCUGAUAUGAUGUUGAAGGAUAAGGAGUCUGGCUGGACUGCUCUCCACCGCAGCGCCUUCUAUGGACAGAUCCAUUGUCUAAUAUCACUAAUUAAGCAUGGUGGCGCCGUCUCCACUCAGGACAAGGAGGGUCUCUCUGUUCUGGACCUGACAAUGAAGGACCGACCAGCACAUGUUGUUUUCAAAAACACUGACCCAACAGAGGUGUACACUUGGGGAAACAAUACCAAUUUUAGCCUCGGCCAUGGAAAUCAGGAGAGCAGACAACAUCCUGAGAUUGUGGAUGUAUUUGCCAGGACUGGGGUUUAUAUCAAGCAGGUGGUCUUGUGUAAGUUCCACUCCGUGUUCCUGUCACAGAAAGGCCAGGUAUUCACCUGUGGACAUGGACAGGGAGGAAGACUUGGACAUGGAGACGAGCAGACCUAUCUGAUUCCUCGAAUGGUUGAAGGUCUAAUGUCCCACCACUGCUCCCAGGUGGCAGCGGCUAAAGACCACACAGUAGUGCUGACAGAGGAAGGCUAUGUUUAUACAUUUGGUCUCAACACCUUCCACCAGCUGGGCCUCGCUCCCCCCCCUGCUUCAGCGUAUGUUCCCAAACAGGUCUUCUCCAAAACACUGAAAGGUAGAACAGUGAUUGGAGUUGCUGCAGGUAGGUUCCAUACGGUGCUGUGGACCAGGGAGGCUGUGUACACAAUGGGACUCAAUGGAGGGCAGCUGGGAUAUUUGCUUGAUCCAAACGGGGAGAAGUGUGUGACAGCUCCCCGGCAGGUGUCAGCCCUGCACCACAAGGAUGUUACCAUCGCUAUGGUAGCAGCUAGUGAUGGAGCAACAGUAGCUGUGACAGAUAAGGGGGAUGUUUAUCUUUUGUCUGACUACCAAUGCAAGAAAAUGGCUUCAAGGCAGCUCAACAUCAAAAAGAUCCUGGUUAGUGGCGGCUAUCUAGACCAACGGGUGGCUCCACAGAUCCUGAAUGAGGGAGGAGGAGAAAAGGUGACCAUCUUGGCAUUAGAUGAAGCAGGGAGGGUGUUUUGCUGGCGUUCCUCUGGCUCCUCGGUGAGACAGUGCAGGUGGGCGUAUCCACGUCAGGUUUUCAUGUCAGAUAUUGUGCUCAGCAAAAACAGCAUGAUGUUUGUGACUCCUGACGGGGAAGGAUUUAGCGGUGUGUGGGCUGGAGAAUACAAGAAGUAUGGGGAGAAGAAAGAUGUUGGUGUGGAAGUUUGUGGCCAUUCAGAUGCAGGCAUGCUGUACGAACGAAUCCGCUUGGAGAAACUUCCUUUUGUCCACAGAGCUGUUAGCAUCACCAUGGACUCAAAAGGGCGAAAUUUUGGAGUGUUGCAGGCCGAUCCCAAAACAAGCUUGUAUGAAGUUCCCAACAUCUCUCCAUCCUCCUUCUCCCAACACUUCCGGAGCCUUCUGGAUGAGGCAAAUGAAAUGGACAGCAUCCACGAUGUGACGCUUCAAGCCGGCGAUCGCACCUUUCCAGCUCACAAGUACAUUCUGUCCAUGAGGUCCGAGUUCUUCCGGAAACAGUUCAUGUCCGAGCACUGCGGAGUGGAUGAGGAGCUUGAUAAGGAAGUGAGGAAGAGCGAAGAUGCCGUAGGCUGCGAUUUACUCAUUCUGGAAAAAAUCCCACCAGACAUGAUGGAAUAUGCUCUGCACUUUAUCUACACGGACUCCUGUGAGCUGCUGGUGCACGGGGCCCGGCCAAGAAUUUCAGGGGUGUCUAGUGGACAAGACCAGGAUUCAGAGCAGGAGAGGCUUAUCAGCAGUCUGCAGGACUUGGGUCUGAGAGGUUGUUCAGCCCUUGAGGUGUACCGUUCACUGCCCCCUUCAACCAAAGGUGACAGCAACACGGCCAAAAACAAGGGCUCCAAGCCUGGCAAAAAGGGGAAAGGAGGCAAAGGUGACAAGGCCGGAGCCAACGAGGGCGGGGCCAAUGUUCUGAAAACAUUACAGGCUGUCGCAAAAAAGCUUGGCUUGGCCAGCCUGUCAGCACGGCUGGAUGGUGUCAAGUAUGAAAAUGGGAAAAUAAAUGUCAUAAACAAGAAAACAAGCAGCAAGCCCAAAUUCUAUCAGAAAAAAUGCUCUUAUCUUUGUGACGUUACUCUGAAAUCUGAAGAUGGGAAAGAGUUUCCUUGCCACAAAAGUGUCCUGUGUGCAAGACUUGAGUACUUCAACAGUAUGCUUGGAAACCCCUGGAUUGAGGCGACAUCCUGCUCUGCACUUGAGAUGCCGACCAGCUCGGAGAUUCUGCACGUCAUUCUGGAGUACAUUUACACAGACGAGUCUCCCACUAUCAAAGAGUGUCUGAAUGUGGAGUUUAUCUGCAACGUGCUGGUUGUGGCUGACCAGCUGCUCAUCACAAGACUGAAGGAGAUGUGCGAGGUCGUCAUCACUGAGAACUUGACACUGAAGAACGCUGCAGAGCUGCUGGGGUUUGCCACCAUGUACAACGCAGACCAGCUGAAACUGUCCUGCCUGCAGUUUAUUGUACUCAACAUGGCCGCCUUGCUGGAGUCAAAGGCUCUGGAUAUUCUUAGUGAUGAAGUACUUGUGGAGCUUUCUGCAGCCUACAGAAAGAUGAUCCCAGCAAUGCAGAAACGCAUCAUCACUCCAUAUCCUUCUGCACCAGACCUCAGUGUGUAUGAGGAGGAGGAUUUGGACUCUGCAUUCAGCCCCAAACCCCAGGAAGAGCUGGACCAUUCUUGCAGGGAAAUCCUGUUAAAGAAGGCCAAGAUGAAGGCUAAAAAGAAACCAAGGAGGCGCUCUGACAGCUCAGGGGGCUACACUCUCUCAGAUAUCAUUCAAAGCCCACCUGCUGCAGUGGUAUCUCCGUAUCUGGUGAAAUCGACCAAUGCCAACUCGACAGAGUCCCUGCAGGAGCUCCUCACAUCGGACUCAGAGGGCAGCUACAUGGGGGUGGGCAGUCCCAGAGACAUCCAGUCACCUGUCUCUCAUGACAAAACUGAGGAUGAAAAGGCUUUCAUUCAGAGGCUGAAGACCCCACCUAGCACCCCAACGUCCCUGAAGAACAGUCUCCCAACUCCCCUAAACUCCAAUCCACAACUCAUCCACAAGGGCCUUCCCUGUCCUACACAUGCCCCUCCAGUCUUGGAUCUCAGAACCAUAAUGGACAUGGAGGCCAGUUCUUUGCAGACCAUGGGGGCAGCUCCUAAAAGUCCUGGAAGCAGCAGCACCAACAUCAAGCACUCCCCUGUUUCCACUAAACUGUCUCAGAAACAGAGGAAGAUGUUGGCCAUGGCUAACAAAGAAGCCACCGGAGAGUCUCCAGCAUCCAAACCAACCCCCACAGUCACUCCAUCCAAAAGCAGUGGGAAGACCUGGGCUACAGCUGUCCAGUCCCCUCCAUCCUCAUGUUCAUUUCGGGCUCUGUUGGAGGAAGAAGAAAACCAUGUAACCAGGGCGGAGCAAGCAAGAACACAGAAAGGUCAAAGUGUCCUGGGAUCCCCUGUUGGUGCUGCACCUGCUACCAGGAGGGUCACUUUCAAAGGUGCUGAGAGCAGCGAGGCAGAGAGGCCCACUGGGCCUUGGGUGCUGAGUGCCGUGGGCAGCCCUCCCCUCUCCUCCCUGGUGACGUUCGCCUCCAUCGUGGAGGAGGAAAAGCAGCAGGAAGCUGCAUUGAUCCGUAGCCGAGAGAAGCCGCUGGCGCUCAUCCAGAUUGAAGAGCGAGCCAUACAUGACCUUCUGCUCCACUAUAAAGCACGUGACAACCCUGAUGAACUGAUAGUGGUGGAGAGGUCUUCCAGAGGUCCCAUGGCAGCGCCGACCUGGCACAAACACUGAUGAUGACUAAUGAGAUGACAACCACUUGUUCAAAGUGAGGACAUCUAAUCCAGCUGUUAAUCCACAUUGUGGGCAGUGCAUCCUCUGCAGUCGACCCUGAACCUCAUCACAUCCAUGAAGAGAUGUACCUCAGACUCAUCCAGCCCAGUUUAACAUGAGUCUGAAGCAAAACUACACUUCUCUUUUCUCUGCAGUGUCGCUUGAAUUUUGUUCCCACUGCUUAGUUCUGUUUGUGUGAAAGAGAAUGAGAACUUUCCAUUUUCAAAUGUGGUGUGUUUAAAGUUUUGGGCUUGGAAUUACUCUUUGAUUUCUUUUCAAUAAAAUGAUAAUAUAAGAAAACGAAUAAAAUUUCCUAAAUAGAUAUGAUGUCAAGUUGCCAAAAAUAAUAAAUAAAUAAAUAAAUUUGGGAAGUUUUGUUCACAAAAUGGGUCCAAAACUAAAUUUACAAGAACUUGUGUUUGUGUGUCUUUGUCAAAUUGAUGGAAGCUCUCAAUGUGAUCAAGAAAGUAAAAAAAAAAAUGUGCCUAUUAUCGGCUGUGGCAGAGCUUCAGCUUCAUUAAAAAGUGAGCUUUUUACUGAAGCUGUACAUUUUCAUCAUAUCGACAUUGUUAAAUUAUCUCGGCUCAUUUGCAGUGACAUAGUAAUUUUACAAGUUCAGCUAAAUAUGUACUUAAAACUCAAAUGUAUAUAGUUAUCAAAGAGAAGAUGCACUACUGGGUGCAAGUACUGUGAAUGCUGAAGCAAGACUUUAGUCCAAAGGACUGAUUUUGUGGAACUGGUUAUAAAUGAUGUGUUUUGAGAGAUAAUGAAGUUUCUGUUUCAUAAAGACAUCCAAAUUUUCAACAUUUUCUUUUCAUUAUCUACUCUUCAGCUGUUUUCUAAACUAAGCUUGGUACCUCAUCUGAACCAUGUUUUCUCAUCUUCUGAAAAUAUGUUUGUGACUAAGGAUAUGAAGAGAAAAUGGCAUGCAAUAAAAUAUCUCAUCUGUGCAAUGAAUCUGUCUUUCAUCUGUAUUUGGACUAAAUUAAAGACGUUUACUUGCCUCAA